UCCUGACGUGGCGGGCCUCUAAAGGUCCGCCAACUGUUCCGUGGGCUGCCGCCAUUGGACGGUUUGCGUGCUGAGCACUUUUUACGAAAAAUGUAAAUACGCAGGUGCGUGCGGCAUGGGCGCGCGUGCGGUUUAUGUAAAUACUACAGAAGUGAAACCGUGACACCGUGUUCUGGCUUCCAGGCGCCGACAGAUUCAGACGCAAUGUGUGGAAGAUAGCUGGAGAUAACACUGCGGAUUAAUAUACGAGGUGAUAGCUGCGCAGUCAUGCCUCAGCUCGCGAGCCCCGCCGUGCUGCAGCUCGCGCUGCUGCUGUCGGCUCUGCCCGCGCAGUACUUCAUCUCCCGGUGGUGCGGCUCCACGGCGGUGCAGCGGUACCACGCGAGCGCCCGAUUUCUGAGAAUGUGGAAAGAGUGGAGGAAGUCGUACCUCAGUGGCACCGCGUGGAUGGAGUGGGCCGACGAGCAGAUGUCUAAAAUCAAGUCUCUGGUUGGUUUGGAACAGGAAGUGCAAGUGGGACAAGGGCCUCCCUUAGAGACCAUGCUGUAUGACAAUGACCAGGGAUUCUUUGGAGCCUCUAAGACGGUGCGCAGCCCUCGCCCCCCAUUUGUCUUUCUGCGGGUCGGUGAGGUGGUGAUGGAGAGGAAGGAUCAUAUGGUUGGGGUGGUUGUGAGCUGGGAUCCUGAAAUGCGAGCCCCCCAAGAGUGGAUAGACCGAGUGUAUUCCAGCCAUGAGGGCUUUGCAGCAGUGAGGACACCUCAUUACAAGGUCCUGUUUAGUGGACCUGGACCCUCGUCUCUAUUAGUUGCAUACCUGCCCCAGACCCAACUUGAACGCAUCACUGGGUUGCAGCCAGAAAUUCCCACUCUGGAGAGUUACUUCACACAUUUCGAUGGGGAGCGGUUUGUCAUGCAGCCCUGGCUCAGAGAGCUCUACCCCGAAGACGAGGGUGAGGAUAUGGAUGUCUGACCAGUGUUUCAGAGAGACUUAAUUAACUAUCUAAUUUUCUUGUUCCUGUGAAUUGAACCAGGUUUAAGGUUCUUUCUAGUCCAGGAAAUCUAAGUUAUAUGGUGUAACCAGUGGAUACACAAUGUCCAUGUUUUCUUCAGAAACAAAUAGUCCUGGUAGCCCCACACAGCAUGUCAAGCUUUGUGCAGAAUAAUUAUCAAAUCCCAGAGAUAUUGAGAUAUUGUUUGUCCAAAAUUAAUUUCUUUCUGAUGUACAAAUACAGUAUUUUAAUUAGUGCAUCUAAACAGUUGAAAAAUGGUGAAUUUAAAUCUAUAUGCAUGAUUUUAAAAGGUGGUUUUGAAUAACAUGAAUGUUAAGUGGUAGCGUUGAAUGCUUGAAAUGAUCAGUUAUUAUAUCAGGAUUUUAUUGGCAGUGAGCCUGGCCGAGUUAACAAAGACACCUUCAGAACAGCACUUUAUUCAGCCAUGCAAUAAACGUUGUUUUUUGAACUGUGA